AUGCAAAUUGAAGAGUUGAUCAAAGGUGAGGGGUAUUGUAACAUAAAGUGUUUAUGGUAUUGGAAUCCUAACUUUUCUUUUUCUCAUGGACUUCGGCCUUUGAACAAUGACAAUGAUGUGUUAAGGUUAAUGAAAGAUGUUAGAGGAUUUAAAGGAGGAGAUGAAGAAGUUAAUAUUGAGGGAACAAAUGAAGAAGUAAAUGUUGAGGGAGCAGGUGAAGAAGUUAAUGUUGAGGGAGCAGAUGAAAAAGUUAAUGUUGAGGGAGCAGAGGAAGAGAGUGAAAUAGAUCCAUAUUAUAACAUGAGUAGUGAGGAUGACGAGAAAUACGAGGACGAUGAGGAAGAUGACAUUGAUGAGAUGAAUUUAGGUGCUGAUGUUGAUGUGCUUCAUACUCCACCCGAUAGUGAUGUGGAAGAUGAUAUGGGAAGGUUUCUAACUUUUAAGGAAACUACAAAACUUGAAGUAAGGAUGAUGUUCAAGGAUAAAUUGAAAAUCAAAGAUACCAUAAAGAAGUAUGCAAUCUUCAACAAGAAGAAUCUUGUGUUCAAGAAAAAUGACAAGAAGAGAAUGGUUGUUAAAUCUAUAGAUGGUUGUCCAUUUUAUAUUAGGUUUAACAUGAAGACUAUCAACCAAUAUUGGCAACACGUUAGCCUAACUGAUCGACAUGGUUGUCAUAGGACAACCAAGAAUAGACAAGUGAAAACGGAUUGGAGUUAUGUUGAGGAGUUGUUAAAGUCAAAUCCAAACUCUACAGUUAAAAUUAAGUGUGAAGACUCAGAUGGUUGUCCUGUUUUUGUAAGAAUAUAUGUGUGCUUAGAAGUUUGUAAGGCAGCAUUUGCAACUACUUGUAUGCCUCUAAUUAGAUUCGAUGCUUGUCUUCGGAAAGGUGACUUCGGAGGUCAGUUAAUAGGUGUUGUUAAUAAGGAUGGAAAUAACAAGAUUUAUCUAAUCACUUAUGUCGUUGUGGAAGCUGAAACAAAAGACUCUUGGCAAAUGUUCCUUAAGCUAUUACUCGAAGAAUUACAAUCCAUUCAAUACAAGGAAUACAGAUUUAUAUCAGAUCAACAGAAGGGGUUGGUACCGACUAUUCUUGAGACAAGCCAAAAUGUUGAACAUAGAUUAUGUGUUAAACACUUGUAUAGAAAUUGGAGGAAGAAAUAUCAUGGGAUAUUGAUGAAGGGAGAUUUAUGGAGGGCAGCUUGGGCCACAACAUUACCUGGUUAA